ACAACAGUAGACCAGAACGCAUGGAGUCAGCCUAUGUCCACCGACAUACUCCAUAUUUACAUGUAACUAAUGACGUCACCGCCUUUAUUAAUUCCCAUUGGUCGAGCGGGUCCGCCUCCGCCCUCCCCUCGAGUCCCGCCGGUUCAAACCUUCAGGAGACCAGACGACCAUCCUCCACACUCAGCAUGGGGGCGUUGGGACUGCUGCUGCUGCUGGGGAUCCUCUCCGGGGGGUCUGCAGUGAUUCACUCUCUGAGGUUUUUCUACACGGCGUCGUCUGGCCUCUCAUCCUUCCCAGAGUAUGUGUCUGUUGGGAUGGUGGAUGAGGUUCAAUUUGUUCACUAUGACAGUGUCAGUAAGAGAGCCGUACCCAAACAGACCUGGAUGGACCAGCUCACCAGAGACCGCCCAGACUACUGGGAGUGGGAGACUGAUAGAGAGCUGCGUAACCAGCAGGUCUUCAAGGUCGACGUAGAGAAUGCUAAGAAGCACUUCAACCACACGGGAGGUGCCCACAUUGUUCAGGUGAUGUAUGGCUGUGAGUGGGAUGAUGAGGAUGAUACUACUGAUGGUUUUGAGCAGCAUGCCUACGAUGGAGAGGACUUCCUAGCAUUGAACCUGAAGACCCUGACUUGGGUCGCUCCAGUACGUCAGGCUGUCCCCAUCAAACUGAGAUGGGAUCAGGAUAGAGCUGGUAAUCAAUACAGGAAGAACUUCCUCACCAAGGAGUGUGUUGAUUGGCUGAAGAAGCUACUGGCCUAUGGGAAGAGCACUCUGCAGAGAACAGAGCGUCCGCGGGUGUCUCUGCUCCAGAGGAGCCCCUCCUCCCCAGUGGUGUGCCAUGCUACAGGCUUCUUCCCUGACAGGGUGGUGGUGUUCUGGAGGAGAGACGGCCAGGAGCUCCAUGAGCAGGUGGACCCCGGGGAGGUCCUCCCCAACCACGACGGGACCUUCCAGGUCAGCGUGGACCUGGACCUCACGGCCGUCCCACAGAAGGACUGGGGGAGGUACGAGUGUGUGGUCCAGCUGAAAGGCAUCAAGAACAUCUCAACCCCCCUGGACCCCGCCCUCAUCAGGACCAACGGGGACCGUGACUGACCUCUAGUGGAGGAGAUGAGAGCAGAGGAAGACGGGGCGGAGGGCCGUAGCACCAACUUCUGGGCCCUGUAUACAAGAGGCACUGAUGCCCCCCCCCCCCCGAAUUCCCCCUACUAGCCAGGGGUAGGAUGGGCCUACAACUGGGGUACAGUAUUAUGUAUAAAUGUUGCUGUUUGAGAUAUUGCUUUAUAAUAUACAGUUGGUUUAUAAAGUAACUAAUGUACUGUAACUGAUAUUUACUGAUGUGAUUAUACAACUUUUGCUGUUGCGGGUGGAUAAUUCUCUAUGUAAUCUACAGUUGGUUUAUAAACUAACCAAUGUACAGUUACGAAUACAUUACAGAUGUUAUUAAGCAGCUGUUCAUCAUGUGUAUAAUGAGAUUGCACCAAACAAUUAAAUAA